CGGCGGCCGGAGGGGUGUGCGUGCUGCGUGCGCGUGUGGCCGGCUGGCCGCGGGCGGGCGGCGUGCGCGUGUGCGGGAGGGGGCGCGUGGGGGCGCGUGGGGGCGCGGGAGGGGCCUCGGCCCUGCCAUGCCGGUCUCCGCCCGCGGGGGAGGAGACGUGGGAGGAGGAGGGGAGCAGCCGGCCGGGGCGACUCGGUGACCAGCCGGCCGGCCCAGCAGAGGUGGCUGCACUGCCCGCCGCCGGAGAUGGGGGGACAGAUCACCCGGAGCACUCUCCACGACUCUAUCGGGGGCCCCUUCCCCGUCACUUCUCACCGAUGCCACCACAAGCAGAAGCACUGUCCGGCGGUGCUGCCCAGCGGGGGGCUCCCAGCCACGCCGCUGCUCUUCCACCCGCACACCAAGGGCUCCCAGAUCCUCAUGGACCUCAGCCACAAGGCUGUCAAGAGGCAGGCCAGCUUCUGCAACGCCAUCACCUUCAGCAACCGCCCGGUCCUCAUCUACGAGCAAGUCAGGCUGAAGAUCACCAAGAAGCAGUGCUGCUGGAGCGGGGCCCUGCGGCUGGGCUUCACCAGCAAGGACCCGUCCCGCAUCCACCCUGACUCGCUGCCCAAGUACGCCUGCCCCGACCUGGUGUCCCAGAGUGGCUUCUGGGCCAAGGCGCUGCCUGAGGAGUUUGCCAAUGAGGGCAACAUCAUCGCAUUCUGGGUGGACAAGAAGGGCCGUGUCUUCCACCGCAUCAACGACUCGGCUGUUAUGCUGUUCUUCAGCGGGGUCCGCACGGCCGACCCGCUCUGGGCCCUGGUGGACGUCUACGGCCUCACGCGGGGCGUCCAGCUGCUUGAUAGCGAGCUGGUGCUCCCGGACUGUCUGCGGCCGCGCUCCUUCACCGCCCUGCGGCGGCCGUCGCUGCGGCGCGAGGCGGACGACGCGCGCCUCUCGGUGAGCCUAUGCGACCUCAACGUGCCGGGCGCGGACGGCGACGAGGCCGCGCCGGCCGCCGGCUGCCCCAUCCCGCAGAACUCACUCAACUCGCAGCACAGCCGCGCGCUGCCGGCGCAGCUCGACGGCGACCUGCGUUUCCACGCCCUGCGCGCCGGCGCGCACGUUCGCAUCCUCGACGAGCAGACGGUGGCGCGCGUGGAGCACGGGCGCGACGAGCGCGCGCUCGUCUUCACCAGCCGGCCCGUGCGCGUGGCCGAGACAAUCUUCGUCAAGGUCACGCGCUCGGGUGGCGCGCGGCCCGGCGCGCUGUCGUUCGGCGUCACCACGUGCGACCCCGGCACGCUGCGGCCGGCCGACCUGCCCUUCAGCCCUGAGGCCCUGGUGGACCGCAAGGAAUUCUGGGCCGUGUGCCGCGUGCCCGGGCCCCUGCACAGCGGCGACAUCCUGGGCCUGGUGGUCAACGCCGACGGCGAGCUGCACCUCAGCCACAAUGGCGCGGCCGCCGGCAUGCAGCUGUGCGUGGACGCCUCGCAGCCGCUUUGGAUGCUCUUCGGCCUGCACGGGACCAUCACGCAGAUCCGCAUCCUCGGCUCCACCAUCCUGGCCGAGCGGGGUAUCCCAUCACUCCCCUGCUCCCCUGCCUCCACGCCAACCUCGCCCAGUGCCCUGGGCAGCCGCCUGUCUGACCCCUUGCUCAGCACGUGCAGCUCUGGCCCUCUGGGCAGCUCUGCUGGUGGGACAGCCCCCAACUCGCCAGUGAGCCUGCCCGAGUCGCCAGUGACCCCAGGUCUGGGCCAGUGGAGCGAUGAGUGCACCAUUUGCUAUGAACACGCGGUGGACACGGUCAUCUACACAUGUGGCCACAUGUGCCUCUGCUACGCCUGUGGCCUGCGCCUCAAGAAGGCUCUGCACGCCUGCUGCCCCAUCUGCCGCCGCCCCAUCAAGGACAUCAUCAAGACCUACCGCAGCUCCUAGCUCGUUGCGGUGGCCCAUCCCGCAUACCCAUCUUCUCGGGCUUCAGCCCAGUCCCAGCUGAGGAACAAGCCAGUGGGGCCCCUUCUCUUCCUCAUUUUGGAAACUUUUCCUCCUCUAUUAAACAUGGGAAACUGA